AAUUAGCUUUUUUUUUUGUUUUUGCAAUAAUCCACCAAACUAUUAAAAUAUGUUUUACACAUAUAUGCCUUUCUGUGGAUUGUUUUUCAGUCUGAUUUUUUCAAUGACUGUUCAUUCAUGUCAUUUUCCUAAAAGCUUUCAUCGGGUUAAUAUGGGGAACUUUUUUUUUUAUUUUGUACACAUUUAUAUUAUAUUGCCAAUUAUGUAUGCUGUUGCCUUUUUUACACAUUUUCAUGUGUUCUGAGUUUAAAAUGAUGUUUUCAGCAACUCUUGUGAUUUCCAAUUCAAAAGGACAUAAAACUUUUGGUUGUUGUUGACAACUUUUUUCCCUUAAUAAAUGAAAUCAUUUGAAAACACCACUUUCCAUUUUCCAGGUUUUCCAAGCAAGUUCAUUGUGAGCAAAGCACAACAUGCUAAAACAAGUCACCAAAAUCCUAAAAUGUAAUCAUGAUACCUCUAACCUUUACUCAAUUUUACAGGCCAGACUAAACCAGUCUUGCAUAACCAGUACUUAUGCAAGAAUAUUUUUUGAACAGAAGACCCUAAAAUGUAAUUACUCGGAGACCAGAACAGAGGAUUGUUUGACAAUUGCAAAACACAUCAUUCCAUAGAACGAGUCUCAUAACUCUGAACUAUGGAGGUAGAAGUCUCAAAGUUUGGGGAUUAUUUGCUGCAGUUCGCACCCCAUCAUAAAACCCAGUAGGAAUUCUACUCCGUAUUCAAGAAAUGGCUGAGAAUGAACAAAAGGAAAGUCCUCAGCUGAGGUCAUAUUUGUAUUGAAAUGUAUGGUGAAACGGGGUGUACAAGCAAGAAACCCCUCAAAUAUCUCACAGAUGAAUGUGAGGAGAGGGCCCAAGUCUCAUCAGACUGAUAUCAGAGACCAAAGGCUUCAACAAGCCUCCCACUAAGGUUAUUUCAGCUAAAAUGGACAAAACUAGGUGUUGGGGUAGAGUGUACCAAGUUGCUUCAGGCGUUUUUACAUUUUAUUUAGUGAGCAAAACAAGGUAAAUGUAUCGGUGCAAUCAUAUUUCUCAGGAAUAAAAAAGUGAGAUUAGAAAAUAUGUUUUAAAAAACAUAUUUAUUGGGGUAUUUUUCUUCAGUGUGGUUCUGGCUAAAUAGAAAAAAAUAUUGUCACAAUUUAGUGUAAAAUUAGAUGAUAAAUACUCUACACAAUUAUAGGAAAGAGAUAAUACUUGGUGAAAUCUUAAUGCAUGGGCUCUUUUUACGUAUAAUGGUUCCUGCGUGGUUUACGUGACUCUCUCCACCAGCAGCAGCGUACGUGGGUAGGCGGGAUGCCUGAGCCUGGCUCAUUCUAUGGGCUCAUUAGCAUGUUAGGCGCGUCCUUUACGCACGUCAGCCUAUCAGUUUGGAGCAUGCAGAAACGAGCCACACCCGCGCGGCAACUCGUGUAGCGCGCUUCUCAAAGCAUUGUCCCGGUAGACAAAAGUUUUAGACUUCUUCUUGUCUCGGGCUCUAGAAAGUUUACGGUAUGCGUAUAUGUGUUCACCUACAGUGCUUAGUUGAUAAAAGGUAACUAUAUAGCAUCCCUAAAGGAGUUGCUGGCUGUCUGGUUCGUCGCAGCCCGGCUGCCAAAGCAGAGAAGUAUUUAUCGUACACCCCGUGGGGUUUAAAGUUCUGGCUAUAUUAUUAGCAGGUAGUUAGCUCCAAACCUUCACUGAGAGAAGUUUGGUAUCAAUGUCGGCGAUGUGUCACCAACGACGUGCCUUGGUGGAAAUACCUGCUCCACAACCUAAAAUUGCGACUCGAAUGAGAAGGUCUUACUUAGAAAUCCUCGGAGCUCGUUUCGCCCCUGUUCCACUUCCAAGAAGCAGUAGAAACCCAAACACAAAGCGAGCACACUCUUUGGAUUUGUCCUUCGGUGGCGUGUGGGGAGAAAGAAUCGAGGACCAGUGUGAAAAGAUGGACGAUCAUCCCACUCCACUCUCCAAACAGCAGCUUGUUCAGCUCAUCAGAUCACUCAUCUUGGUUGGACAGAGCCAAGAGCCCAAAAUGGUGGCGACAGACCUCAAGUGUCUCCAGGAAGACCUCCAGCUGAAGAAGAUAAACGUUUACAGGUCCAUCCCGUACUCCCGGUUCGGCUCCAACCGGGACGCUCACUGCUACAGAAAGGCCUAUCCUCACCUGGUGGCAUUCAAAGUUUCAUGUCAGGAGUGGGGCCAGGUUCUCCUGAGGAACAAAGAGUGGGAUGCUGUGUUGGAGCAUUCCCUCAUGGCGUGGCGAUACACCGGUGAUUUACCGCAGUGGGACACCGCCGACCACAACGCGUUGAGAGAGCAGUGCUACAGCAUCCUGGCUGCUCACAGCCUGGCUGCGCUCCAGCACUACCGCCCAGAGCCCAGCAGAGGACAGGAACUGCUCAGGAGGUUUAAGAUGGCUCAGCUGCAAAGCCAGUUGAUAGUCCCAUGUAUUGAGGAACUGCAAAGGAUUAUGGGAUACACAGAAGAUAUUUCCAUGGAUACAAAGUGACCUGAUGAUUUUGCUCAGCUGCUGGAUUCUGACUUGUGAAAACUGUGCGUCAUGGCGGACUCCUCAAAUGAUUGUUUUAAUUGGUCAAAAAUGCUGUUUGCUUCGCUCAUUAAUCACAGAAUCCACAACAGUAUUUUUCCAAAGGACUGGUGCUAAAUGACCUUUGUGUGUGUAUGUUUUUGCUUUAAAUAAGAGGAUCAAGUUAAUUAUUGAUUAGUUUAUUCUGUCACGCCAAUUUUCAUACAGUUUGUCAUAGGUAAAAUAGUAUACUGCUACAAGAUGGACAGCUGAAGUAUAAAGCAAUGUCGACUUUUAAAAAGUGUCCUUAAUGAUCCUUAAAAAAGCAAGUAAUGCUGGAUUUAAUCACAUAAGAAAAAGCUUAAAUGCUCUAAAUUGGCAUCUCCAUAUAUUAUUUAGUGUUAAUAUUCACUUGGUACUGGCAGGGGUUUAAAUAAAUAUGUGUGUGUGUGUGUGUGUACAUAUACUUUUAGAGAUGUUUAGAGAAUAAUUUGCAUUGACGGAUGAAUUGUUAAGAAGGUAAUUGCCUUUUUUUGUAUGUAUUAAGUUCCGUGUUACUGUUGGAGACCCUGUAACAUGUUGGCUUUGUCUUGUUUUGUGAUUUCCUGUUGUUCAGUAUGUCGUGUUUUUCAUGGAGUCCUUUAUUGCACUGUCAGUGUUUGUCCUGAAAACUUGAAAGUUUUGAUAAAAUUGAUUUCUAAUUUAAAUAAAAUUGAUAUGAACUGCAUUG